AUGGCAAUGGUAGUUAGCAGCUGGCGAGAUCCGCAGGACGACGUGGCCGGGGGCAACCCCGGCGGCCCCAACCCCGCAGCGCAAGCGGCCCGCGGCGGCGGCGGCGGCGGCGGCGAGCAGCAGCAGCAGGCGGGCUCGGGCGCGCCGCACACGCCGCAGACCCCGGGCCAGCCCGGAGCGCCCGCCACCCCCGGCACGGCAGGGGACAAGGGCCAGGGCCCGCCUGGCUCGGGCCAGAGCCAGCAGCACAUCGAGUGCGUGGUGUGCGGGGACAAGUCGAGCGGCAAGCACUACGGCCAAUUCACCUGCGAGGGCUGCAAAAGUUUCUUCAAGAGGAGCGUCCGCAGGAACUUAACUUACACAUGCCGUGCCAACAGGAACUGUCCCAUCGACCAGCACCACCGCAACCAGUGCCAAUACUGCCGCCUCAAGAAGUGCCUCAAAGUGGGCAUGAGGCGGGAAGCGGUUCAGCGAGGAAGAAUGCCUCCAACCCAACCCAAUCCAGGCCAGUACGCACUCACCAACGGGGACCCCCUCAACGGCCACUGCUACCUGUCCGGCUACAUCUCGCUGCUGCUGCGCGCGGAACCCUACCCCACGUCGCGCUACGGCAGCCAAUGCAUGCAGCCCAACAACAUCAUGGGCAUCGAGAACAUCUGCGAGCUGGCCGCGCGCCUGCUCUUCAGCGCCGUCGAGUGGGCCCGAAACAUCCCCUUCUUCCCGGAUCUGCAGAUCACCGACCAAGUGUCCCUGCUGCGCCUCACCUGGAGCGAGCUGUUCGUGCUCAACGCGGCCCAGUGCUCCAUGCCGCUGCACGUGGCGCCGCUGCUGGCCGCCGCGGGCCUGCACGCCUCGCCCAUGUCCGCCGACCGCGUCGUGGCCUUCAUGGACCACAUCCGCAUCUUCCAGGAGCAGGUGGAGAAGCUCAAGGCGCUGCACGUCGACUCGGCCGAGUACAGCUGCCUCAAAGCCAUCGUGCUGUUCACGUCAGAUGCGUGCGGCCUGUCGGAUGCCGCCCACAUCGAGAGCCUGCAGGAGAAGUCCCAGUGCGCACUGGAGGAGUAUGUGAGGAGCCAGUACCCUAACCAGCCCAGCCGCUUCGGCAAACUCCUACUGCGACUGCCCUCCCUGCGUACCGUGUCCUCCUCGGUCAUCGAGCAGCUCUUCUUCGUCCGUUUGGUAGGUAAAACCCCCAUCGAAACUCUCAUCCGGGAUAUGUUACUGUCUGGGAGCAGCUUCAACUGGCCUUACAUGUCCAUCCAGUGCUCCUAGACCUUGGGCGCUUCCUACCUGCCCCUGCCCCCCUAGAGACUCAGAGGACCGGCGGGGGGCCAUGGACUCCAAAGCUGCGGGGACAUCAGGCGGCUGUUGCGGGGUACAGCUGGGCAGGGGGAGGUGGGCCGGGCCAACAGGAGCAGCCCACCUUGCAGAAAUGCAACCCGAGCUGCAAACCAGGAGAAAAAGAGACUCUCUUUAGGAUCAGAUCUGUGAACAUGUUGGAAAGGAAAGAAAAAGGACCUUGUGUCUGGUGAGAAAAGGAAAAAAAAAAAAUUGGAAGAGAGGACCAUGAGAAUUUUAAUAAAACAGAAGGAGACUAAUGGACCUUCCAGGAUUUAUUGUGGACGGAUGUGGAUAUAUUCUGUACAGAAAACAACACACAUGGAAGUGGACUGAAUUCUAUGUAGAAACACACACACACACACACACACAC